AUGCCUGAGACUAGCACAGCGGAUCGGACUGAGACGACCACGGAUACUACUUGCCACCUCCUGCGCCUACCUAGUGAGUUGCGGAAUCGCAUUUAUCAUAUGGUCAUUCCACCAGAAGACGCCAACAGCAAUCUGUUGCGGUUUCAGUACAAAACCCUAAAGCCUAGACCGCUUCGCCGCACCACUCCGUGUCCGCCAGCGUUGGCCUCGACCUGCAAGCAGAUUAGGAGUGAGCUUCUCUCAGAACGCUACGGACGACACACCUUCACACUUUGGGGACCGCACUCUGGACAUGCUCUAGAUCGUCUCGCUGGUCGGGCCAAAUCAUGGCUUCCGUAUGUCCACAGCAUUGAAGCAAGGAUCAUCAUCAGAGUUGUUGGCACGUUCUGGGGUUACUUGUUCGUUAAAGGGCAUUUGACGGACACCGGGGACAUCCUGGCGACUUAUCAACUACCCACUUCUUCCCCCGAGCCUACCCACUGCACAUGCAUCUUCGCACGAGCAGCCCGCGCAGUGAACGCCGGAUCGGUCGGCUCGCCAGAAGACACUGCCCUAGUGAGAUUCUUCAAAGCAUUGCACUCGACGAGAUAA